AUGUCGCUAUCGGAACUAUCCGUUCUGUCUGCUGAGACUGCUAUCAGUUUCCACGAAAUGGACUUGGAACUUUUGAAAGAAAGUCAGAAGACGGCAAAUCAGGAAGACGUCAGAAUGUCUGUUGGAGAAGAAGCAAAAACUGAAGCGAUCCAAGAAACUGUCGUUUUUGUGGCUGUUGACGAUCAAAACCUUAAAAAUGGACCAACACAAGAUACUUUCGUAUUUGAGAAGUUGUUAUUCUGUGUGAAGCAAGUGAUCGAAUAUGGAUUUCGUCAUGUCUAUCUCUCGGUUCAAUCUACAACACCUGCUGAAUGGCAACUUUUGGUUCAACUUAGAAUCAAGACUGGAUGUGAAUCUCAUAUUCUUAACGUUGUCGACAAAGAUGUUUACAAAUUCGAUGGCUUCUCCUAUCCUCUUAAUGUAGAAGUUCAGACAAACGAUGUCAAGUUUUUGAAGUUCGAAAUGCGAGUGUUGAAUAUGAUGUAUUUAGACCUUCCGACAUUCCAAGAGGGCGACGAAGUCAUUGAAUUUGACGAUGGUUCCCGUAUUCGUGUCCACGCCAACAUCCUUGCGCUUCUUUCUGAUUUCAUGAGCAAAGCAGAAAAAGAAUACGCAUCUCGUUCCGACUGCCCAGCCAUCAGAGCCACGUCUUCUGAAAAAGAAGCAUUUCUGGAGCUUCUCUAUCAAGCAUAUCCAACACGUCGUGUAAUUUAUGCCUCAUUCCGUCGUUUGACAGCUGGAGCAGUUGGAUACAAAUGCGAUAAUUUGAUCUACCAUUUGUCGAAACAUCUCAUUGAAUACAACUACAGACCCAUGACAUUCCUUCAACGCUUCCAAGCAGCCAUCGAAAAUCGUUUGGAGCCUGCAAUCCGUGAGCUCGCAUUCCAAGCUGCUCUAAAUGGAACGUGGAAUCGAAUGAUUCAAUCUGGGUUUGAGCCUGAAAACUUUUGUGGAAGACAAGUCUACACUCAGAUUGUAUGCCCAGCAAUUUUGAAAGCAAGAACUGCAAAACCAGAUGCAACGACUCUCCAAGCACCAACUCAGAAGUUGAACUUCAUUGAGCUAGAGGCCGGAGAUACCACCAAAUCAGCUAUCCUAUUCCGUGGUACCUCUUUCUACAUCAACAGUGGUCUUCUGGCAGCCCACGGAAAAGAAAUGUUGUGCAUCGGACAGAAUGGAGAGUAUAUUGCUCGUUAUACUCCAGAAUUUCAUCGUGAAUGUGCCAGAGGAGAUUUAAUACCUGGAGAAGUUCUUAUCCAACUCCUUGCCUAUAUGCAUCCAAUGGGAGAUGUCCCUCAUCCAGAUAUGAUUCGCGCAUGCAUAGUGUUUGCUCACGAUCACGGAUGGAAUGUGAUAAAAGAGAACUUGGAGCUGGAGUUUGAACCACCAAUCACUCCAGAUGAAUACAUGUCACAAUUGGUGUUUGGAGAUAAAUUCGAUCUGAAAAACUUGCUACGUGUCAAUAUCCAAAGAGCCGAGUCUAGCUGCCGGGAACUUGCUGAAGUUUUGGAGAAACACGGAAAACUUAAAAUAUUGAAGGAUCGUACUCGUGAAGGAAUCAUGGACAGAAUGUGCAGUGGGUGGGGACUUAAUCCGAUGGUCAACCGUUUGUCUACAAGAUUUCCAACCACAUUCCAUCAUCGUACAGUGAAUUUGCAACGUGGAAAAGCAGUCGUCGUUGGAGAAGGAAGAGCCAUUGACACAUUGAAUUCUCUGGCAUCAGAACAUGCGUUCGGAGAGAUAAAUGAGCUGAUUGUACUUGACUAA